AUGGACCACAACGACAUGUUCGGGUGGAAUCCCUUAAACGCCGCUCCAAGCAGUUCUGGGCAGCCUCGCGAGCUCAUAAAUGGCAUGCUUCUCGCGUCCGCUUCCGCCGAAUCCGACCCCGACACGCGUGACUCCCCAUCGGGCUCCAAGCCUACCGAGGAACAGGUGGCCUGGGCUUUCGGCAUUUUCCUCUUGCUCAUCGUCCUCCUCAUAUGUGCUCACGUUGCUCGCUUCAGGGCCCAACGCCGUCUGCCGUCGGAGGAGGACGGGACCCAGCUGGGGGACCAGGACGCGCGCGACGACGACAUCUUCAGGUCGGACGAGAGACGCCGGCACUACUGGCGCGCCAAGGUCCUGGGCAACCUAGCGGCUGGUGAGCCGCGCAGAGCCGAGUCCGACCAGCCGCCCGCAUAUCCCGGUUUCGUUCAGCCGCCCCAAUCUCACAGUUUCAUUCAGCUGCCCGGACGUCACAGUUCUGUUCAGCCACCCGGAUAUCCCAGUUUCGUUCAGCCGCCCCGUCCUGCGCGUACUGCACAGAGCAGCCCAUACCAUGACAACACCUUGAUCAGGCCACUUAACGGAUUCUCGCUCUAG